AUGCCAGGAUCGUCGCCGUCGACGCCACAAGGUGUCACGGCGUGGUGGCGGCGCGCAUCGACUGCGCUCCCACAGUGGGAUCCCUGGGAGGUGGUGGAUUCCACGCGUGAAGCCUGGGUACCGCCCUAUGACGACUGGGCCAAGCAAGCCGAACGCGAAGCUGUGUGGUUUAUCAAGUGGAGAAGCUCAGACUCUGAUUUGGGCUUCAAUUUUCUCUACAAGGACGGCCAGAAGCGUCAUCAGUAUCCACGACGUGAUGAUUGGAACGAUCAGGUGCGACUGUGCUGCAACUUUGCAGGUGAAAAUUAUUUGGAGGUCGACCCCGAUGCCGAACUGGACUUCGAGAUCCACGGCGAGAAGUUCGAUGAGAAGGCUUACCGAGUCUCGUCCACAGACACCACCCGAGACCAGACUCCGAUGAGCGAGAACGUCUACGAAGCUCUUCGUGAUCCCGAUGUGCUCUUACAAGUCUUGCAGUUGAAUGAAGAGCGAUUGCUGCGGGAAUCCCCUUUGAGGAGCGAUCCCGGCCUCGUGGACGUGGGAUUGGCAUGGGGCAUUCACGACGAAACUUUAGGCGAAGGACAAACGUUCCCGGAAGCUCCCGGCGGCCCCCAGAAGCUCCCAGAGCUCCCAGAAGAUUCCCACAAAGGGGGUUAA